AUGGGCUUCUUCAACCGUCAACCCCGCGCCGCGGAUGGCACUGCACCUCCCGUCGGUGCUAACGGCACCCACGGGCAUCAUGCCACUCACAAGGAGAAGCGCGCUCGUCGCCAUGGCUUCGAGCCCUACACCAUGAGCACCAGGCCUACCUUUGGCCAAUGGCUCAAGUACACCUGGCUCGACAUUCUCACCAUGGCUGCCCUCGGUGCCAUCGGUCUCGGCGUCUACUACGCCCACCCGGCUCCCUCACGCUCCUUCGCCGUCACCUUCGCCGACGGCGAGAUCGUCUACCCGCAAUUCGCCUACCCCAUGCGCAAGGAAAUCAUUCCCAUCUGGCUCGCCGCCUUCCUCGCCGCCAUGAUCCCCAUCUUCAUCAUCCUGUGCAUGCAGAUCCGCAUCCGCUCCUUCUGGGACGUCAACAAUGGCAUCAUCGGUCUUCUCUACUCCUUGAUCACGGCAGCCGUCUUCCAGGUCUUCAUCAAGUGGCUCAUCGGCGGCCUGCGCCCUCACUUCCUGACGGUCUGCAAGCCCGACAUCACGCGUGCUACCAACACCGGUAUUGCCGAGGACGGAUACUCCGCGCAAGGGUUCGGGCAGAUUUACUACACAAAGGAUAUCUGCACCGGCGACCAAAACGAGAUCGAUGAUUCUCUCGAGUCGAUGCCGUCGGGUCACUCCACCGCUGCUUUCGCCGGCUUCAUCUUCCUCGCUCUUUACCUCAACGCCAAGCUCAAGGUCUUCUCCAACUACCACCCUGCGCUCUGGAAGCUGGCUGCCGUCUACGCUCCCGUGCUCGGCGCCGUCUUGAUCGCUGGCGCGCUGACCAUCGACGAGUUCCAUCACUGGUACGACGUCGUUGCUGGCGGCAUCAUUGGUACCGUCAUGGCUUUCAGCGCUUACCGCAUGGUUUACGCUUCGAUCUGGGAUUGGCGCUAUAACCAUAUUCCUCUUAACAGGUCCAACCCGUUCCCCUUUGGCAGCCGUGAUGAUAUGGAGCUCGGUGGCGCCACUUUCACUAGGCAGGUUGGCUGGGGCAACAGCGGUGCUGGAUUCCCUUUUGAUGACAGGCAUGGGUAUGCUGGUGGUGGGUAUGGCGGCUAUGGUGGUUAUGGUGGUGGUGCUGGUUCGGCUAUUAACCGCAAGCCUGUGGGUCAUGGUCAUGCUGGUAAUGGUGUUGGUGGACCGUUCCAUAACAAUGGGGUCCCGGCUGAGCAGAUGGUCUAA